GAUGAAGAGGAUGUCCCAGGAGUGUCCAGCCGGCCAGACUCUCAGUCUGAGGAGAAGAAGAUCAUCGAUCCCAACAGUGGCGAGUUCCCAGAGAAAGUAACCAAGCACAUCAUCGAGUCUGCAAAGCAGGAUGUUGAUGAUGAGUACACGGUGCCAGAGACUGAACUGACCAUCUUCCAGCAGUCCUACUACGGUGUGGCUCACGCCAUCAUUGAGAGGGUCGACAAACAGUCUUCGCUGCUCAUCAACGGCAUGCUCAAACACUACCAGGUGCAGGGUCUGGAGUGGAUGGUGUCUCUGUACAACAACAAUCUGAAUGGUAUCCUGGCUGAUGAGAUGGGGCUGGGCAAGACCAUCCAGACCAUCGCCCUCAUUACAUACCUCAUGGAACACAAGAGACUCAACGGACCCUACCUCAUCAUCGUUCCACUAUCGACUCUGUCCAACUGGGUCUAUGAGCUGGAUAAAUGGUCUCCGUCUGUUGUGAAGAUUUCCUACAAGGGGACCCCUGCUAUGAGACGAGGCCUGGGGCUCAGCUCCGCAGCGGGAAGUUCAAUGUCCUCCUCACCACCUACGAGUACAUAAUUAAGGACAAACAGAUCCUG